GUGGUAUCUCUGUCACGUUAGUGAAUCGCCGUGAGCGUGGUCGGAGGUGAUGUCAGUGUUGAUCGUGACGAGUUUAGGGGAGCUGGUUUCUAUAUGGCGAUCAAGCUCGGUUUUUCAGCGAUGAGAUUCAUAUCGACCUGAAGCAUUCCAAGACUGGAACAGUUGCCAUGGCAAGUGCAGGACAGAAUCUCAAUGCUUCACAGUUUUAUAUCACUCUGCGUGAUGACCUUGAUUACCUUGACGGAAAGCACACUGUUUUUGGUGAGGUAGUUGAAGGAUUUGAAGUUUUGACUAGAAUAAAUGAGGCUUAUGUGGAUGAGAAGAGCAGACCAUAUAAAAAUAUAAGAAUCAUGCACACAUACAUCUUGGAUGAUCCUUUUGUUGAUCCUCCUGAGCUAACUGAGUUCAUUCCUGAUGCUUCACCAGAAGGGAAGUGUAAAGAAGAGGUUGAUGAUGAUGUGCGACUUGAAGAUGAUUGGGUUCCCAUGGAUGAACAAUUAAAUCCAGCAGAGCUUGAGGAGGUUAUUAAAACGAAGGAAGCACAUUCUAGGGCAGUUGUACUUGAAAGUAUUGGGGAUAUUCCUGAUGCUGAUAUUAAGCCUCCAGACAAUGUACUAUUCAUCUGUAAAUUGAACCCGGUUACUGAGGAUGCGGACUUGCAUACAAUAUUUUCACAAUUUGGAACUGUGUCAUCGGCUGAAAUCAUCCGUGAUCAGAAGACUGGUGACAGUCUAUGCUAUGCUUUCAUAGAGUUUGAAGACAAACAGGCUUGUGAGCAGGCAUAUUUUAAGAUGGACAAUGCUUUGAUUGAUGAUCGAAGGAUACAUGUGGAUUUUAGUCAAAGUGUGUCAAAGGAGUGGCCAAAAUAUAUACCGAAAGAUCACCAGGGUAAAGGUAAGGAUAAAGAUAUCACAUCCUGUAAGCAUGUUCUAUACUUAUUGUAUAACAUUAUGCAGAAUCCACUGUUUGCUUGUAUAAUCACUACAACAAAACUGGUGUUUAGCGGCGGACAUUCUGCGGCGGUUACGCGAAAACCGCCGCAAAAUGCAAAAUAGAGGCGCUUUUUCAGGCGGUUAACCCAGCCGCCGCAGUUUACUUACAAUUUGCGGCGGUUAUUUUCAAUUAGUGGCGAUUUUGUACGAAUUUGUGGCGGUUCUUUUAGAGGCGGUUCGACCGGGCGCCGCAGAAUAAUUAAACCGGAAAACCCUAAAUUAAACCCACUUCACCUCUUCUUCAUUUCAUAUCGCGAUUUUCACGAUUUUCACCUUCACUUCUCAAGAGAUUUUCAGAAGUUGAACCCACCACACCUUCACCUCUCAGAUCACGAUUCUUCACCACACCUUCACUCCUCUCUCAGCGAUGGCGAUUCUCAGAAGCAAAGUUCCAGAUUGAAGCUCAAUCAUUGAUUGAAGGAAUUAGGGAUUUUAGGUUUCAGAUUCACAUUCUCAUCAAAACUGGUGUUUGUGCUCUCGGUUCUCAGUUCUCACUCAGAUUUUCAUCUUGGGUUUAAGUUUCUUCUCCUUGUAGCUUUGAUUGAAGGUAAGCACCUAGUUCUUGGUUUCAAUUUCUUCUCAGUUGUGCUUUCACUUCACUCAGUGAAUACAUUGCUGCCAAUGCCGAGAAACUCCCAAUUAUCUAUGAGAGCUGGAAUUUAGUUCCAAACAAACCUAACAAGAUAUAUGUUUGGGACUCCAUUGUAAAG